AAGUCUGUGGGCUAUAAAAGCAUUUGUGCCUCAGACAGCGGCAUUAUUCAGCUGGUGCCCAGUGUUCUUGCCACGACUCCAUACCACACGCCACUCAAAAUGUUCAAAUACUUCGUGUUCGCCGUCUUCUGCCUGGCCAGCGCCGCCGCCGCUCCCGCUCCCGCUCCGGGAUACCUGGGAGGAUUGGGUGCUCCGUCGCUGCCUUUGGCCGCCGCUCCGGCCAUCUCGUACGGCCAUGCCCUGGCCGCACCGGCCUACAGCCACGGCCUGACCGCUCCAUCGUAUGCCGCCUCCUACGGCCUGGCUCCCAGGAUUAGCUACGCCGCCCCCGCCCUGGCCCACGCUCCGCUGGCUGCUCCGGCCAUCUCGGCCUACGGACUGGGCCCGAGGCUCAGCUAUGCCUCGCCAGCUCUGGGCCACGCUCCGCUCGGUCUCGGUCUGGGACUGGCCCAUGCUCCUCUUGGCCUGGCCCAUGCUCCCCUGGGCCUGACUCAUGCUCCCCUGGGAUUGGGCUACAAGUCGAUUGCUGCUCCCUCCUACGGCCUGGCCCAUGGCUGGUAAACGGAUGCGGAUGCCUCCUCCAUGCCUCCUCCUUCCAGCUCUUCAUUCGUUUCAUCCAGAGGAGGGGAAUUUGUGCUUCAAAAGAAAACAAUGUUUAAAAAGUGAAUUCUGAGGUUGAAUUAUGUACCAAUAUAUUUCGUUUCCAUUUCAAAACUUUCAAAA